GGGCUGGCAGGAGGGCACGGGGCUGUUCCCGGUCGGGAAACCGAGCCGGGAUGAAACCUCUGGCAAACGGGAGAGAAAUCCCUGCCACGGAGCUCCUCUCUGCUGCUGGGUGAGAGAUUCAGCAUCACUGUGGGAGGGGAUGGUGUGGGGCACCCUGAAACGUCCCCUGGGAGCUGCAAGGGGGGAAGGCAGCACCGGGAGAAGCUCCGUGCACGGGAAGGGAAAUGAGGGAGUUCCCGCUGGAAAACAGCCGUGGACAGCAUUUCCAGGAGGGAAAGUGUCAGUCGGGAUAUGCACAGGAGUGACACACCGGUGUGACACACCAGGGUCACACACAGGGUCACACAGCAGUGUCACACACCAGGGUCACACACAGGGUCACACACCAGUGUCACACACCGGUGUGACACAGCAAGGUCACACACAGGGUCACACACCAGUGUCACAUAUCAGUGUCACACACAGGGUCACACCCUGCUGUCACACCCCGCUGUCACCCCCCAGCACGCACACACCUCCCAGGGGCUGGCACGCCCCACCUUUCCCCCUGCCGUGCUUUGUCCUGGCGCGGUGCCCGAGCCCAGCCAGGCCGGGCUCCCGCGGUGCCAGGCUGGGCAGGAGGGGCUGCAGCCCCCCGGGCCCUCCGGGAGCCCCGCGGGGUCCCUGUCGGAGCCCGACGGCCCCGGGCUGCGGAGCCAGGCGUGCGGAGGUGCUGGGGAUGGAUGCCGCGGGAGUCACGGACAAAGAAGGAUCUCGAAAGCCCGGCCCCGCUCCCUGCCAGCAGCCUCGGCUGCCGGAGCACGUCCCAAGCCUGUCCCUCCACGGGGGUUCGAUGUCACCCCCUCACGGGUGCUGGAGGGGGUUUGCCCUACAUGGAUGGGGACGGACGGUGCUGGGUGGGAGGAUGCUCCGGGCGGCCUCGGCCCUGUGGGGCUGGCAUGGGGGGCAGCCUGGGUGCUGUGGGGGCAUUUCCCAGCCCACAGUUGGAUUUUGGAGGAUGGCACGGCGCCCUCAGCAGUGCCCCAGGGUGGGCAGAGGGGGUGGCAGGGCAGGAUGAGAGGGAAGGGCUGAGAGGUGCAGCCCAGCACGGAGCAGAUUUUGAGGUGGGCACAGUCUGAUAACUCGGGGGCAAGGACCCCCUGGCCGGGCCCAGGCCACCGAGUGCCCCUCAGAGGGCAGGGACGCCCCUCGGGGGGUGUUUUCUGCAGAGUUUUCCCAGGGGCUGGUGCCGGGGGAGGCGGGAAGGCCCCGGGUCGGCGGGGACAGCUGGCAAACCCUGCCCACCGCGGGCAGCGCGUCCCCGCCCGGGAUGGGAGCCGGGCUGCAGACCGUGGACAAGCUCCUCGUCUUUAAACUGGAGUCAGAUUCCUCCCUGCUGGCUCGGGGGGCAGGAAACUGUGCCCAGGAGCAGGUGAGGAGGGACCCCACUCUAACGAGAAGGAGACGCAUGAAAUUCGCUGGUUCCACUCGCCCCAGCAGGCAGCCGGGGGCUUUUCCACCCGACGCCUUUUCUUUCUCCCUCUUUUCCUCGCUCCCUCUUUUAUUUUUUCACAGGGGAAGGAGGAUUCCUGGUGUGUGGCCCCAUCAGCCAUGGGCAAGCCAGGGAUCACCCUGAGCCCACGGCAGUGAUGAGGGCAUGAGGGCACCCUGAGCCCACAGUGGGUCACGUCCUUGGGGCGAGAAUUUGUGUGUCCAAAACAUCACAUCCAUGUGUCUGUCAGCAUGUCCUGGUGUCCACCCUCAGGUUCUCAUGUCCACCCUCAUGUCCUGGUGUCCAUCCUCACAUCCUCGUUCCAUCCUCACAUCCUCAUGCUCAUCCUGAUGUCCUUGUGUCCACACUCACCUUUGUUUCCA